AUGUUGUACUUACAGAACAAUGCUGGGGAAAGAAAACUGAGAAUAACCCUUUUGAGUAUAGAAUGGAAAACUUCAAGCAAUGGAGAAUUGACAACCAUCAACAGAGAGCUAGCAAUACAGAUGGCUAAACAUCCCAAUGUGGAAGUCAGUGUCUUCUUACCUCAGUGUAGCGAAGAGGACAAGAAAGAUGCUGACAGUUACAAUGUCACACUCAUUGAAGCAGUCGAACUAUCUGGUUUUGAACCAGUUGAUUGGCUAGCCUCUGUACCUGAAGGCCAUGCUAUGGAUUGUGUUAUAGGGCAUGGAGUAGCUCUUGGUCGGCAAAUUCAACUCAUAAAGAGAAAUCCAAAUUACAAUCAUUGCAAAUGGAUUCAAGUUGUCCAUACUGCCCCUGAAGAAACUGGCAUGUUCAAAAUCAUUUCUGAAGGUCAACAAAUGCAGCAAACAGAAAUAGAAUUAUGUGAAAUGGCAGAUCAAGUUGUUACAAUUGGCCCCAAGCUAACUGAUGUUUAUAAGCACAAACUCAGAACACAAGAUGUUUUUAACCUGACGCCAAGCAUUUUCAUGGAAUUUUCAGAUGUGCAGCAAGCAAGUGAUGAAAUGAUAAAAUUUUGUGUCUUGGUAACUGAGAAUGGUAAUAGUGAAGAUUUUGAUGUUAAAGGGUACAGAAUUGCAGCGAAAGCUGUUGCUGAGCUAAAGGAUAAAUCUUACCAACUCAAGUUUGCUUCCAAACAGAGAGGAAAGGAAGAUGAAUUAGCAGACAAGUUACUUCAGUGUGGUAUUGGUCGUGAUCAGCUAAUUAUCUGCAGCUUCGAUGAAAACAGAGAAACAUUAGCAAACUUAUUCUCUGAAGUGGACAUUGCUAUAUUGCCCUCAAAAACUGAGGGAUUCGGGUUAAGCGCUCUUGAGGCCAUAUCUGCUGGUCUUCCAGUACUUGUCAGUGGUAACACAGGAAUUGCAGAAGCCUUAAGGGAGGUGCCUAUUGGGUCACAGUGUAUAGUGAAUUCAGAGGAUCCUGCAGCCUGGGCCAGUGCAAUAAAAGCUGUGCGUGACAGAAAAAGGAAUGUACGACUUGAAGAGGCUAAGAUUCUUCGUGAAAAAUAUUUGCAGAAGUUCAACUGGGAGAAGUCUUGCAAUUUCCUUGUUAAAAAGAUGUACAAUCUUGCAUUUGAUCCAAAAUUAAAUAUCAAAGUUGAUGUGGAUCAUGUGAAAUGUGUAGAUCAUGAUGCACACAGUGCAGCUUCAGUUUCAGCACUGGAGCCAACAGGAUAUCAGAAGGCAUCCACAGCUUCAGGCAGAAAGAGGAAAAGACAGUCUGAUACAGAUUUAGAGGAUCUCCAAGAACUCAAAGAGAAAACCCUGUGCUUAAUUGCUGCGAAUUACCUUGCUGCUACACCACCGCAGAGCAUGGAUGAACACAAUAAGUUUCAGGAAUACUUACAAAAAAUGAAUGUCCUCCUUGCAGGUUCUUCUGUGGGAAGUUUGGUGAUAACAGUAAAGUGUGAUUCUCUCAAGAGCUUGGAGGGGUUAUGGGAAGAUUACUCAUGCGGCCUUUUGGAAAAGAUGGUUCAAGAUUGUUUUGUGACUGAGAAGAUCUUGAGGGAACUUAACCUAGCAGAACUGAAGCUGAAAACAACAAUGGACAUAGAAGAGUACAAUGCAUGCAAACUGUUCUUUCUCGAGAUGGAUUCACUCAGAGGUCAGUUGAAAAAAAAAAAAAGAGGCCUGGUCCUUUGGAAAAAUGUUUUGAUACAAUUGGUGCACCAUGUUGUAUGA